AUGGAUUUGAAUCAGCCAUUUGUUCACUGUAGUAGGUGUAAUUUGCCGUACGAUAGAAAUGUUGUGUUUUCGCUUACGUCGUGUGCACAUAUCCUAUGUGAGAAACAUAUACCAGGAAGUGGCAAGCCUAUGAGAUGUCCAGUAUGCCAGAAAGAUAAUAUAAGUGUGCUUAAGCUGUCUAGCGAUCCUCAUGUAAACAGCAAGUUUCCUGCGGAGGUACAGAACUUCUUUAUACCUUUCACAAGACACUUGGAGCCAUUAUAUUCUAUUGCGCAGUUCCAAUGGGAUGCUUUGUCCGAACAGUGUGAGUACUACAAGUCAAUAAGCUACAAGCUUCAAGAGAAGUGCAACAGACAACGACAAUUACUAUACAAUGCGAGGGAGGAACUGGAACAGUUGUCAGAAUUGAAGGAGAGGGUCAAACAAUUGGAGGGCAUGCACGAAGUAUCGCCAUGUGGUCAUUCACGGCAGCAGCAGCGGAUUGUGCAACGGGGCCCAGCUGCUGUGCCAAAUAGGCCUGAAACGAUAGAUCUCACGGACAGCGAACAGGUCUCCUUCAUAAGUAAAUUGAAGGACAACAACAGACUACGUAACAAGAAUAUGUCCAGCACAAGCAUCAUCGCAGAAUCAACUUCACUACAACCCUUCACGCCAGAAAGUCAGCAUCGCAUACAGCGAACCAUUGCCAAGGCCCGAAAUGGGCUAUUCACACCCACAAAGUUCCAAGCUCUGACUCCAAGUAGUAAGAGUUGCAGUGACAGCAGCAACAUUAACGAAGACACAGCCACUACUACAAUGCCGCCUGUUUUUGACGCUCCAAGAUCGAAUCAUAUGACCGACUCACUCCCGCCUGCUAUAGAGAGACUCAAGUUGAAAAGAAGCAACACGUCUACCGUAUCAUCAAGAGGAAUAUUCUCAAAUAUGCGAAUUGGCUUUAGUGCAACAAGUCUCGCAUCCCCUUCCUCAAAAUCAUCCUCCAAAUUUCGAAGGGUCCGCUGA